AUGGACACAAGUGAGCCUGGGCACGAUGAUGAAAUUGUAACGGAUACAAUCUGCGGUACAAGUGCAACUAAACAGGAUGAUGGGAUCUCAAUCGGAGAAGUAUCUGAAGGUGAAUCUUUAAAUAGCGAUGUAGAAACGAGUGCUGUGGAGACGACUGGCUGUCAUGAUUUUGAUGACAUAGCGGAUUGGCCAACAAAUUUACAGAAUUCCCAAAUUGAAAAGAUACAGGAAAUUAUUUCAUUGGUCGCCAAAGCUACAAAGGAUAAGAUUUUGGACAUGGUCAAAAAUGCAAUGUAUUUCUCAGUUAUUGUGGACUGUACACCUGAUGUAAGUCAUAAAGAACAGAUGUCCAUUGUUGCGCGUUACGUCCACAUCGAAAGAGCAGCUGAAGGUAACAAUGCUAGUGUGGAAAUUAAAGAAAGUUUUGUGGAAUUUAUUAACAUUGUAGACACAACUGGAGCAAAGAUGACCGAAGAAAUUUUAAAUUCUUUGAAACAAAAUGACUUAUCUAUUAUGAAUCUUCGUGGUCAAGGCUAUGACAAUGGAACCAAUAUGCGAGUCGUUGUUGAUGCAGUAAAAGGAGCUAUUGAAAUUGUUAAAUUUUUUUCGACCAUACAAACAAUUUACAAUUUUUUCUCGGGAUCGACAAAGCGUUGGCACAUUUUCCAGUCCAUGUGUUGUAAAUUGACGGUGAAAUCGUUAAGCGAUACUAGAUGGGAAAGCCGUGUUAAGGCCGUUAGUGCUUUGAAGACCGGAUUGAAAGGCAUUUAUUCUGCGUUAAAAGAAGUCGUUCAAUUGCAAAAAGAUUCACUUACACGUAUAACAGCGGAAUCAAUCGCAUCCAAGACAUUAGACAACUUUGAAUUCAUUUGUGGACUAAUUAUCUGGCACGAAGUAUUAACAGAAAUCAAUUGUACGAGCAAAUUGUUACAAUCACAGAGCAUGGAUGUGAAAUCAGCAGCAACUGCGUUGAAAAGGACAACUGAAUUUCUCGUUUCUCGUAACUGUGAAGAUUCCUUCGAGAAAUAUAUUUCACAAGCAAAAGUCCUCGCAAUAGAUGCGGAUUUAACAGACGAUUUUAGUCCUGAGCCAGAGAAUCGGAUCCGAAAGAGAAAGAAAUUUUUUGACGAGGAGCCAGAUGCCCCUGAGGCUGAGCCCGCCGAUGCAAAAAAGAAAUUCAAAACCAAAUUUUUCGACGUUUUGUUCACAACAGCAAUUGCUUCAAUGAAAGAGCGUUUUGAGUCAUUUAGUAGCAUUCUGGAACCCUUUGAAUUUUUGUACAACAUUAAAGAAUGUGAUGAAAUGGAGGACAAACAACUGAAAGAAAAAUGUAGAUCAUUAGAAAAAACAUUAAGUGACAAAGAAAACAAGGACAUUGAAGCAGAAGAACUUGACAUAGAGCUGAAAUUGUUGUCUCGAAAAAUUGAAGAAGAUAGUACACCAGAGACGAUAAUCUAUUAUUAUAUAGUAGAAACAUUAAUUCGAGAAAACGAACCAUUACUUCAUUUACCUGCUGAAUGGAUUAUUGUUCCUUCUGGAAAAAGUAAAAGAGGAGAAACUCAAGAUGAAGAAGAAUCUUUAACGAUUCAACAUAAAACAAAUUCAUAUCCGAUUGUUGAAGCACUUAAUGAUACUGAAUUAAGAGAAAGUAUUAAACGAAUUCAAUUGAUUGUUAUUGCUUCACUUAAUGAUAAACAAGCAAAUUUAGGUGGCAAGUCUUAG